AUGAGAGACUUCACCGAAAUCACGCUCUGCCCUGAGGCUCUGGACCACAGCAAGACCGAGUUCUGCAACCCCGUCUUCGAGGGCGAGGAGCCCCGGGCAGCCCCGAGCCCCGAGCAUCCUCCAGACAAGGACGGGAUCGGCCCUGCAUCACCCCGGGAUGGCCUCGGCCAUCAGCUCUGGGGGCAGGUAGGCUGGAGGUACCGCGCCGACUGCAAGUUCACCUGGCUCUGCGUGGCUCUGAUGAGCGCCAUCCUGCUCUUCCUCAUCGCCCUCCUGAUGGGCAUCGUCAUCCACCCCUGUGGAGGGACCCUGCGGGGCCCCGAGGGCUCCUUCAGCUCCCCCAACUACCCCGGGCCCUACCCCCCCGACGCCCUCUGCAUCUGGCGCAUCGAGGUGGGCCCUGGCCUCGCCAUCCAGCUGAAGAUGGAGACGUUCAGCGUGGAGGGCACAGCCUCCUGCCUUUUCGACCGUGUGGAGCUCUAUGAGGAGCAGGGUGUGGAUGCUGCCCCGGCUCGGGGCGGCCCCACCAGGUUCUGUGGCAACGUGGCCCCCCCAACCUUCAACUCCAACUCCAACCGCCUGCGCGUCACCUUCGUCUCCGACAGCAGCGUGGGCGCCCUGGGCUUCAGCGCCCGCUACCGCGCCGUGGCCCCCAGUGAGAAGAGCUGCGCCUGGGACGAGCACUUGUGCGACCAGGGGCUCUGCCUCCACCUGGGCUUCGUCUGCGACGGGUUCCACGACUGCAUGGACAAGAGUGAUGAGGCCAACUGCAGCCUGAAGCACAAAGAGUGUGGGGGGCCACUGACCGCCUUGGAGGGGCACCUCUCCACUCCAAACCAUCCCCAGCCAUACCCACACCAGCAGCUGUGCCUCUGGCAGAUCUCAGUGCCCGUGGGCCACGUCAUCGACCUGCACUUCCACAACUUCAGCCUGGAGUCGCACGAGGACUGCAGCUUCGACUUCGUGGAGGUGCACGACAGCGCGGGCACGGGGGCCGCCAGCCUCAUGGGCAGGUUCUGUGGCCACCAGCUGCCACCCCCCCUGACCUCCUCACGGCAUGUCAUGACCAUCCUCUUCGUGGCGGACGAGGGAGUAGCUGACAACGGGUUCUUUGCCACCUACCAAGCCCACAAUGCCACAGAGAAGACGUGCAGCCCCGCGGAGUUCUCCUGCAGGAACGGCGAGUGCCGGGCGCUGGAGUCGGUGUGUGACGGCUGGCACGACUGCCCCGACGGCACCGACGAGCUCAACUGCACCGGGGUGUCCUACCCAGCCUUCGGGUCUGUCUGCGAGCCCGUGCACGUGGAGAUGUGCCUGGGGCUGGGCUACAACGCCACCUCCUUCCCCAACAUCUGGCUGGCCAUCCCGGACCAGGAGGGAGCUGCCGAGGUGCUGCAGGACUAUCAGACGCUGAUGGAGCUGCCGUGCUUCCAGCACCUCCGCCUGCUCAUCUGCAGCCUCUUCGUGCCCAAGUGCACCCCGGACGGGGGGGUCCUGCAGCCCUGCCGGGCCGUGUGCCUGGCGGCAGAGCUGCGCUGCAAGCAGUCCCUCGGCCUCCUGGGCAUCCUCUGGCCCAUCAACUGCAACAUCCUGCCCGACUCCAACGACCCCGUGGAGUGCUUCCAGCCCUGA